AACAGCCAGCACGCUCAACCCUGCCUGAACUUUCCCCGCAGACACGGCUCGGCUCGCUGACAGCUCCCCAUCCCUGCAGGGUGGAUCGGCAACUCCUGGUGGGGAUGGCACAGCUUGUUUUUAAUUAGCAGGGGGAAAGGUGAAUGAAAACGAGCCGUUUGGCAAGUCGGUGCCAGAGGCGGACCGCGAGCGGCUUCGGGGAGCCGGAGAGGAGCGCUCCCCGGAGGAGGAAGGCGGUGCGUGUGCCGGGGGCUCCUGGCUGAACCAACUGCUGGCAGAAGUGGCUGCAGACCCCGGUUUCUCCCUGGAUCGACCGCGUCGCUCCCGGAGAGAGCGCAGGGCAUGGCUCUGAAGACUCGCUCCUUGGAAUGUCCUCUUGCUCGGGGCUCAUAAACAACUGUCCGGGGGGAAAGAAAGGUUUUGCAUAUCCAAAUACCGCCUGACAAAUGGCACUUUGGGACUGUGCUUUCUGAUGACAGGGCGUGCGAUUUCUGACAAAGCCUCUCCCACGCUGCCCCCGGAGGGGAGUCCUAAGUGAAACUCAGACGCCUUCCACUGAGGACCGGAGGACUGGCAGGGGGAGCGGCAGCAUGGCAUCGCCCGGCUCCCUUCUCACCUGGCUCCUGUGGGCUUACUUACUGGAGCUCUGGGCGGGAGGGCACGCAGCUGACACCGCUCAGCCCCGGUUACGCCUGACCCAUAAAGAGCUCUUGGAAUUAAACAGAACAUCAAUCUUUCAUAGUCCUUUUGGAUUUCUUGAUCUCCAUACAAUGCUGCUGGAUGAAUAUCAAGAGAGACUCUUUGUGGGAGGCAAGAAUCUUGUGUAUUCCCUCAGCUUGGAGCAAAUCAGCAAUGGCUAUAGAGAGAUACACUGGCCCAGUACAACACAAAAAAUAGAAGAAUGCAUAAUGAAAGGAAAAGAUGCAAGUGAAUGUGCAAAUUAUGUUCGGGUUUUGCAUCACUACAACAGGACACACCUCCUGACCUGUGGCACCGGAGCUUUCGACCCACUUUGUGCCUUCAUCAGAGUUGGGUACCAUAUGGAGGAUCCCCUGUUUCACCUGGAAUCACACAGGUCUGAGAGAGGAAGGGGCAGGUGUCCUUUUGAUCCCAACUCCUCCUUCAUCUCCACUUUAAUUGGCAGUGAACUGUUUACGGGACUCUACAGUGACUACUGGGGCAGAGACGCUGCCAUCUUCCGGAGCAUGGGACGACUGGCCCACAUCCGCACCGAGCAUGAUGAUGAGCGCCUGUUGAAAGAACCAAAAUUUGUAGGUUCAUAUAUGAUUCCUGACAAUGAAGAUCGAGAUGACAACAAAGUGUAUUUCUUUUUUACUGAGAAGGCCCUGGAGGCGGAAAACAAUGCCCAUGCAAUUUACACCAGAGUGGGGCGACUUUGCAUGAAUGAUGUGGGAGGCCAGAGAAUACUGGUGAAUAAGUGGAGCACUUUCCUAAAAGCGAGACUGGUUUGCUCAGUACCAGGACUGAAUGGAAUUGAUACAUAUUUUGAUGAACUAGAGGAUGUUUUUCUGCUGCAUACCAGAGAUCAUAAGAACCCACUGAUAUUUGGACUCUUCAACACUACCAGCAAUAUCUUUCGAGGACAUGCUAUAUGUGUCUAUCAUAUGUCUAGCAUCCGGGCAGCUUUUAACGGACCAUAUGCACAUAAGGAAGGACCUGAAUACCACUGGUCACUCUAUGAAGGGAAAGUUCCUUAUCCAAGGCCUGGUUCUUGUGCCAGCAAAGUGAAUGGAGGGAGGUACGGAACUACGAAAGACUAUCCCGAUGAUGCUAUCCGAUUUGCGAGAAGCCAUCCACUUAUGUACCAGCCCAUAAAACCUGCCCAUAAAAAGCCAAUACUGGUGAAAACAGAUGGGAAAUAUAACCUGAAACAAAUAGCAGUGGAUCAAGUAGUAGCGGAGGAUGGCCAAUAUGAUGUCUUGUUUAUUGGGACAGAUAAUGGAAUUGUGCUGAAAGUAAUCACAAUUUACAACCAAGAAACAGAAUCAAUGGAAGAAGUAAUUCUAGAAGAACUUCAGAUAUUCAAGGAUCCAGUUCCUAUUAUUUCUAUGGAGAUUUCUUCAAAGAGACAACAGCUGUAUAUUGGAUCUGCUUCUGCUGUGGCCCAAGUCAGAUUCCAUCAGUGUGACCUGUAUGGAAGUGCUUGUGCUGACUGCUGCCUGGCUCGAGACCCUUACUGUGCCUGGGAUGGCAUAUCCUGUUCCCGGUAUUACCCAACAGGCACACAUGCAAAAAGGCGGUUCCGCAGACAAGACGUUCGGCAUGGAAACGCAGCUCAGCAGUGCUUUGGCCAGCAGUUUGUCGGGGAUGCUUUGGAUAAGACUGAAGAGCGACUGGCAUAUGGCAUAGAGAACAACAGUACGUUGCUGGAAUGCACUCCACGGUCUUUGCAAGCAAAAGUGAUCUGGUUUGUACAGAAAGGACAUGACACAAGAAAAGAGGAGGUGAAGACAGAUGAUAGAGUGGUUAAGAUGGACCUCGGUUUACUCUUCCUAAGGGUGCGCAAAAUGGAUGCUGGUACAUAUUUUUGCCAGACAGUAGAGCAUAGUUUUGUCCACACUGUCCGAAAAAUCACCCUGGAGGUCGUAGAAGAGGAGCGCGUGGAGGAAAUGUUUAACAAAGACUACGAAGAGGACAGGCCUCCCAAGAUGCCUUGUCCAGCUCACAGUAGUAUCCCGCACGGAGCAAAGCCAUGGUAUAAGGAAUUCUUGCAGCUGAUUGGUUAUAGCAACUUCCAGAGAGUGGAAGAAUACUGUGAAAAGGUCUGGUGCACAGAUAAGAAGAGGAAAAAGCAUAAAAUGUCACCUUCCAAGUGGAAGUAUGCUAACCCACAGGAAAAGAAGCUCCGUCCCAAAGCAGAGCACUAUCGCCUGCCCAGGCACACUCUGGACUCCUGAGGAGGUGAGACAAUCCACUGGAUUCUGAAGGAUUUAUAUUUGAAACCUAAAAGCAAAAGAAAAAAAAGAAUGAGAAAUCAUCCAACUUCUUUGCAUUACUUUAAAAAGAUUUUUCUGUAAUACAGAAAUGACUAAGAGGUGUUAUGAUAAAUUAUUCUACAUACUCAUUUGACUGGUUAAACAUCAUAUAAGUUAACUAAUUUUUUUUUUAAAAAUAAGUGUAUGGUUCAAUGGUUUCACAUUAUAUUUAUCAAAAAGUGACGAUAGUUGUAGUUUUGAGUACUUGACUGCUUUUCCAAGGCAAUUAUUACUUUACUCUUGCUAGACGUAAGAUAAUGGGAAUAUUGAUGAAAAUUUUGAGAUUUAAAUAAUCAUGGAAAAAUAAAAAUAAAUGUUUUAAUCUUUCUGAAUUUUGCCUUUCCUCCACACAUAGUAUCAGAUAGUUUAAUAUUCUCAUGUUAACUGUCUGUACGUUUUAAAAAUGAUUGUAUUAGUGUUGUCAAAGCCAUGAGCCAAGGUGUGUUGUAAUUAUUGUAAACCAUGAAAGAAAAAUUGUGAUCACCUUGACAAUUGUGCCCUUCAUAAAACAUUCAUUGCACCAUAAAGUGAAGAGAAGAAUUAAGUGAAGGUAACUUCUCAGAAAGAUCUCAAAGAAUGUCAAAACAGAUGGACUUACUGUUAGAACUCUUAUUGAAAAAUUUUGCUGCCCUCUUCUGGUAGAAAAGUAUAUUCCUCUACAAUUUGUCUAGUAAAGAUUUGGAAGUUUCUCAGUAGUAUAUCUAAUCCUAUUUUAGAAAAAAAACUAACUGAAAUAACGAUGCGCUAAUGCUUAUGUCAUGCUUUAAGAUGUUAAUAACUUAUUACCUCACAAGCCAAAAAUGAUAUUAUAGCACUGAAGCUCUAUAAAAACUUAAAUUGUAUGUCUUCUAAGUAAUCUUUCCUGAAAUAUAAAAUAUAUUCCAGAAACAUAAUCUUUAUUUCUGAAAAAAAUAUUAAAGCAUUUUGCUCUGAGAUGUCAAAUUUUCCUCUAUUUUAUAUUAACAAAUGGAAAAUUAUUUCAUGAGUUCGCCUAAUUCCCAAGAUGUUCAGAGCACUUUUACUUUUCUCUUAUAAAUAGUAUCAGGAGAUUUUAUUAUUGAAAAUGUUUAUUUCCUGAAGUUUUUUCUUCUCUUUUAUGUAGCAAUUACCUUUCUAAAAUAUAAUUUUUAAGAUUUUUUCAUUUAAAUAAAAAUUAAAAGCAAGUGGAUUACAUAUAAAAACAAGUAUGACUAUUUAAAUGUUAAUCUUGAAUAAUAUUCAUUUUAGUUUUCAAAAUUAGCUUAGAGGAUGUAUAAAUAAGAAAGUCCAAGUGUUGAUAACUUGUAAUGUCUUUCCAUUUUAUUCUAAAAUUACCAAAUACAUAAAUGUUUCAAGAAACUUUAAAGAGUUCAUUCAGUAAGCUGCCCAGCUACAAAAGGUCUAAAAGAUAUAAAUAUAUUGAAAAUAAACGUUCUCUGAAAAACUCAGUUGCUAUGUACAUAAGAAUCCACUGGAGGUCAUUGCUGCCCACCAAUAUUAACUGGAAACAAUGUAUUGAAAGUUUCAUUAAAAAGAUGUAUUUCAGUAAAGCUGCCAGAUGUAGAGAAAUAGAACCAUAACCACAGAUUACAAGACCCUUAGCAAAGGUUAUGUCCAAAACACUCAACGUGAACAGAUAAGUCAAUAAACAUAAUUUAUUGAAAAUAUUCUUCCAUUAACACAAGAGAAGGGAAAGCAGGAUUUUUCUCCUGUAUUUGAAAUUUAAGAAAAAAAUUAUGGCAGAUAAGGCAUAAGUAGUUAUCAUUUUAAUCUCCACACAUACAACCAGUUAAUAAUAAUGACAAUGUCACUUAUGAACUAAAAUAUUUGACAACUGGAUAACUAAAACUGAGGAAAAUAACUUUUCUAUGAUGCGUCUUAAGAAUUGAAUGGACCUACAUGCUUUUAAACUAAAACUAUUAACCAGAAAAAAGAUAUAUUUUACUUAAAAUGCUAAACUUGAUUCUGAAAAAAAUAAAUACAAACCAAAUAAGCUUUUGAAGACUCAAAUACACAAUUCAGUGAAAGCACUAAAUUCCAUAUAUAUGUAUAUACAGGUAUAUGUAUAUACAUGUGCUUCGUGUUUCAAUUUUCUCUCUGCACCCCCCACACACACCCACUUCCAUCACUCCCCCCACCACGUGCACACACACACACACAUACACACAUCAUGACGUACUUUGAGAAAAAUGCAUUGCCCUCUCAAAGGACAAGCCAACAAUUUAUGUUGUUCUGUCCUUGAGAAUCUGAAAUGUACCACAAAAACACAUUUCAGGUCUUUUGUUUGUUUUUUCUGGGAUUAAAACUCAAAUUCAGAAUCUCAUUGCAGAAAUGUCCAGGCUUGGAAAAUCACAAAUGAAUUGAUAUUUAUCCCCUCUUUCUUGAACUUGGGAAAGGCAUGCCUAACUACCUGGAAGAAUUCAGAUUUUGCCCCAACCCCACCUCAUUUUCUCCAGACACAAACUCAGUGAAGGAGAAAGAUUCCCUCUGGGAAAAGACAGCUGAAAAAGAAUCUUCUCCACCGACCCUAGUUUCAAAUGGGGCACCUCCAGGCAGGGACUGUCUCCUGCUUCUCCAGCCUAUUCUAUGUUAUUCUCGGUUGAGAGGGUACCUGUGGAUGGAUGAGCCUUGACAUCACAAUGAACACCUACAUCACCCAUUGAGCUACAGAUGCAGGUUUGUUGGCAGGGAGGAUUUCAACUGGAAGGUAUUUUACGUCAUGAUUUGCGACGCCUCUUCCAUGCCUACCGUCAUAGAUGGCGACUUUUUCUUUUGUGUUUAUUACUGAAUAUUUCAGCACAAGGCUAUCAACAUGGUGAAACAGGGAUUAAAAAUAGAAAUAGAUACUAAUGAGGGCUCUGGAAGAAAGAUUUUGCCUACUUAGUAAGUGGCAAUUCCAUAUAGAUGAGAGUUUUUCCUUCCCCAAAUUAGUUGAGUACUUAUGAUGUUUUUAUUGUGCUUAAUAUUUGCUAUAGGGUGUAGGGUUUUGUAAAUCUUCAUAGUGAUUAUGAACAUUUGUAAAAUUUGUAAAAUACAAUAAAUCAUUUUGAGUGUUGGUGUUUCGCAUGAAACAGAUACAGCAGCCAUUGUCCUUAAAAAUGAGUUGUGUUUAGCCUGAUAAAGAAAAUUACUUAGCAUUGUGUAGGUAUUUGAGAUCACGAAGAAGUGCUGCAGUUAUGAUGCAGUGGGAAGUCAUUCUUUUUCUUACAGCGGAGUAUCACAUCGAGAUAAUUUUUCAAAAGCAGUGCUCAUUUUUAAGGACAGCAUUGUUGCAUUUAAAUCAGAUAUAAAUACUAGAUUUCCACGAACACUCUUUUGAAUGUAGUGUGUUAUUUAAGCUGGCAUGUUUAUUUUAUUUUUCUGGGAAGAUAGCAUUAUAUUUUGGCUCUCAUUGUAAACCAAAUGUAUUCUGUUUGUCUAAAUGGCUUAGUUAUAAGCUAGAGUACUAUAUCGGCAUAUUCUUGUCUGUAUGGCUUCCUUUUUUGUGCUUGCCUGGGUCCAUAACAGCAUGUGCCAUAUUAUUUCUUUUCACGGAUUAUAAGCCAUGAGACAUAUCAUCUGGUGGCAAGCUGCGAAGACCAUUGACUGUCACAUGGAUUUGCCACUGUGCACUGCAUAAUUCAUCUGUACCAUUAUGUACAAUUUCCAUUUAGUUUAACAUAGAUGAUAAAUAAAUAUUUGCUAAAUCCUUA